AUGUACUCUGGGAACGGCAGCGGCGGCAGCCUGGAGCCCACGGCGGGGAAACAGGACCUGGAACGGCGACGGCAGCAGCCGGCGGGGGACUCGGGGACGCCGUUCAGCGCCAGCACCUACGAGCUGCUGGCCCUGCUUAUCGCCGCCAUCGGCUUCGUGGGCCUGUGCAACAACCUGCUGGUCCUGGUGGUUUACACCAAGUUCAAGCGGCUCCGCACGCCCACCAAUCUCUUCCUGGUCAACAUCAGUCUCAGCGACCUGCUCGUGUCGCUUUUCGGCGUCAGCUUCACUUUCCUCUCCUGCCUCAGGAAUCACUGGGCCUGGGACGCCGCCGGCUGCGUGUGGGACGGCUUCAGCAACAGCCUCUUCGGAAUUGUUUCGCUUAUGACUCUCACUGUCUUGGCCUAUGAACGGUACAUUAGAGUAGUGCAUGCGAGAGUGGUUGAUUUCUCGUGGUCUUGGAGGGCAAUCACAUAUAUCUGGCUUUAUUCCUUAGCCUGGACAGGAGCACCUCUUCUCGGCUGGAACCACUACACACUAGAACUCCAUGGAUUAGGUUGUUCAGUGGACUGGAGUUCAAGAGAACCUGGUGACACUUCCUUUGUCUUCUUUUUCUUUCUUGGUUGUCUAGUGGCACCACUUGGAAUUGUGGUCUACUGCUAUGGACAUAUUCUUCACGCAGUACGGAUGUUUCGUCGUGUGGAAGAACUGCAAACUGUCCAUGUUAUCAAAAUCUUAAGAUAUGAGAAGAAGGUGGCUAAAAUGUGUUUUUUAAUGAUAACCACAUUUCUUAUUUGCUGGAUGCCUUAUGCUGUGGUUUCACUUUUAAUAGCCUAUGGUUAUGGUCACCUUAUAACUCCAACAGUGGCUAUUAUCCCAUCUUUCUUUGCCAAAUCAAACACUGCCUACAAUCCAGUUAUCUUUAUUUUCAUGAGUAGAAAGUUUCGACAAUGCCUUAUGCAGCUUAUCUGUGUUCGCCUCUUGAGGUUCCAGAGGAUCUUGAAAGAAAAAACAGCAGUAAGGAAUGAAAAGCCAGUAAGACCUAUUGUUGUGUCACAUAAGGGAAGGGACAGGCCCAAGAAGAAAGUGACUUUCAGCUCUUCCUCAGUCAUUUUCAUUAUCACCACUGAUGAAACACAAGAAAUAGAUGACAGUUCCAAAGACACAGGGACCAAAAUAAAUGUGAUCCAAGUGAAGCCCUUAUAA